AUGAAAAGUACAAUAAAAGGAGGUGUUUGGAAGAAUACAGAAGAUGAAAUAUUAAAGGUAGCCGUUAUGAAGUAUGGAAAGAAUCAAUGGGCAAGAAUUUCAUCUUUGUUGGUCAGAAAGUCACCUGCUCAGUGUAAGGCACGUUGGUACGAAUGGUUAGAUCCAUCCAUAAAGAAGACAGAGUGGAGCAAGGAGGAGGAAGAGAAGUUGCUGCAUUUGGCAAAGAUCUUUCCGGCGCAAUGGAAGACGAUUGCACCGUUGGUAGGACGUACAGCAUCACAGUGUCUCGAACACUACAAUCGUUUGCUUGACCAGGUGCAAGCGCGUAACGAUGCCGCCAACCCAGAUGCAAGUGGUGCAGCUGCUGGCGACGAUCCGCGCCGUCUUCGCGUGGGCGAAGUCGAGGCGAAUCCAGAGACAAAGCCGGCCAAGCCCGAUCCAAUCGAUAUGGAUGAAGACGAGAAGGAAACAUUGUCAGAGGCGAAAGCACGUCUAUCAAACACACAAGGAAAGAAGGAGAAGCCGGGAAUCAUUGUGCACGACAAGAAGAAGGCAAAGGAGAAGCGUUUCGAUUACUCCCAGGAGAUUCCAUUCUAUCGUAAACCGAUGGCCGGUUUCUAUGAUACCGCUGAGGAGCAGAAACAAGCUCCCGACAAGGACAAACAGUUUAUCAAUCAGCGACUCGAUAAGAUUGACGGAGAGUCGCGUGCUGCCGAGUUGGAGCGCGCCAACAAGCUGGAGGAACUCAAGAAGAAGAAGCGUGAGAUGACCAACUUGCCCGAUGCAAUCAAACAGAUCAACAAGAUGAACGAUCCAGAGAUGACCAGAAAGCGAAACAAGUUGGUGUUGCCAGAGCCACAGCUGACCGACGACGAUCUCCAGGAGAUUGCAGAGUUUGAGAAACAGAGCAAGUCAUACAGCGCAGCAAGUGGCGAUGGUAGUGGUGGCGAGCUGACGGCAACAACAGCGCUGGUUGGCGGCUUGAUGCGUCCGCCAACCGAAGUACCACAGUCGCGACUCAACAUGGUGGCGCGAACACCAAUGCGCGAGGAUGUCGUUAUGAUGGAAGCACAGAAUCUGCUGGCGAUGACAACUGCACAGACACCGCUCAAAGGUGGUGCCAAUCCCGUAUUGAAUCCCUCGGAUUUCAGUGGCGUCACUCCCAAGCCACAAAACAUGGCAUCACGCACUCCCCUCAGAACACCCAAUCCUCUCGCACAAGGAAUGACACCAAGACAACAGAAACAACAAAACAAUGAAGAUGCAAUGGCAACUAAACACUCGAUUGCCAAUGGUCUGAAGAAUCUGCCUGCACCGGUCAACAAAUUCCAGAUAAGUCUGCCCGAUGAACCGACACUCGAGGAGAUCGACGAAGAUGGACAACAAAUAUUGGAUCAAUCGGAACAAGAAAUUAGAGAACAACAAGAGUUGAAACAUAAAGAGCAGUUCCGUCUUAGAAAUAGAUCACUUCCAUUGAAAAAGUCAUUGCCACGCGCCACCACACUGCCGACACAAACCGCCGGACUAGCCAUUAUUGGAAAAGCGGAAGAAGAACAACAACAACAAUUAUUACAAAAAGAAAUAGACAAUUUAAUAUUGAAUGAAAUGUGUGGAAUUAUUAAACAUGACGAUAAGUGCUACCCUUUGGAAGGCGGCACCAACGACGACAACGACUAUGAAUACUUUAGCGAGAAGGAAUUGAAAGAGGCACAGAAACUACUGGUAACGGAAUUGAACGUGGUCAAACAGGAGCAACAGGAACAGUUGGAUGAGAAAGAGUUGAUUGAUAAAUUUGUAAAUAUUUGGACGAGUGUUAGAGACGAUUAUGUUUAUCAAUCGAACCAGUUUGUGGAGCGAGCCAGCCUCUCCACCGAGCAAAAGAUCGGUUCACUCAAGCAGGAAUACGAUGCCAUUGUCAACGCGAUGAAGACGAGCGCCAAGAAAGCACAGCUCAUCGAGAAGAAAAUGACCACCGAGUUGACUAGCUACCAAGCAUCACUCGCCAAAGUCCUGAAACAAAUCGAUGAGAUCUCGCAGCAAAUCGAACAGUCCAGUAUCGAGCUAUCAUGUUUCCAACAACUCCGAAUCAUUGAACAACGUGCCAUUGAAAGUCGUGUCAAAUUCGUCCAAAACCAAGUGUACGAUCAGUGUGAUCGUGAAAAUAGGAAUCAAAUGAAAUAUUCAAAACUUAUCAAUGAAAGAAAUACAUUAUUAUCACAGCAACAACAACAAAAUGGAAAUAACAAUAAUAACAAUAAUAAUAAUAAUCAUCCAAAAUAA